AUGUUCCGCCUGAUACGGCGGACCUCCCUACUGUACCCGCUGCUGUAUUGCGUCAUCUCUACAGCUGUACUACUCACGCUGUGGACAGGAUAUGACGGGAUCAGACAGCCACCUCAUAGCGAGAAGGGUACAAAACAGGCAGGCCGUAACCAGGGGCAACGUGACGUCAGCGGGAAGGUGCAGGAGGGAAUCCCCCGUUAUGACGUCAGUCAUGACGUCAGAGGGAAGGUGUUGGAGGGGAUUCCCCGGUAUGACCGUAUGAAGGACUUGGCCUGGUCUCACAGGGACAACAAGUGGGUCCGGACGGCGGGGGGCAACAAACACCCGCUAACAGGUGACAUCGGUGACCACCAGAACGGUGUGGUUGACAUCGAAGCCCUUGAGUUGGAAGAGCUCACCAACAGAUCCCAGAACGCCAACCCUGUCCCUCCCCAAGCAGAUCGUUUGGUUCCGUCCAAAACCCAGCUCCUCCAGAGGGCCGACUCCUGGCCAACCCCGGACAGGGUGGACUACAACCUGCCGAUGGACCCGGAUAAGUCCUGGUUCUGUAUCCACGAACCGGGCAGAUCGUACAGAGUCGGGGAUACUGUCAAGGUGAAAAUCCAGGCAGUUAACAUAGAGGGGCAGAAGAAGUCAUUUGGAGGCGACUUCUGGCGAGCGAAGAUACAAACUCUGGAAAACAGGACGUCCGCAGUGGGGACCGUGGAGGAUCACGGGAACGGCACGUACACGGCCAGCCUGAGGCUGCUGUGGCCGGGAGAGGUGACCGUGUCGAUCAUGCUGGUGCACCCGAGCGAAGCCGUGUCCGUGCUGAGGAGGCUACGGAGUGAUUCCCCUCUCCUGCUCCGCUUCCGGAGUAAGUUCCGGGCAGGCGAUGAAGAGCAAGAGGUCAAGUGCAACCUUAAAAUGGACCAACCAGCGGACAACAUAUGCGACUACUCUAACCAGCAACAUGGAAUCUGGUGGUUCUGUGAGAAGCCGGCUAACAUGACCUGCGCGGACCGCGUGUCUCACGUCUUCCUACCCAGGAACUUCCCCAACGUCACCGCGGAGGAGGGGCGUCUGCUGGAGGAAAACGGCCCGUUUUACAAGAAGACCAUCAAGGCAAACCCGGAAGGUCCAGACAAGAUUGUGGUCCAUGACAUCGAGCGGAAUGACGUUGAGGCAUGUAUGGAGACCCGUCAGCUUCCCAGAGUGCUGUGCGCGGCGCAGAUUCCCGGAAGACCCCCCUGUAGGCCCGGGACCCCCCUCCAGACCCCCCCGGCUGGGUUCUACCUACAGGACGUCUAUAUCUCCACCAUGUGUGAGAACCAACAGUACAGUCCUGAGGAGUGGAUGAAGUGCCUUGCCGGUAAGACGGUACAGAUCCUGGGAGACUCCACCGCGCGGCAGCUGUUCUACUACCUAAAUGCGAACCUUCCCGUGCAGGACCUCACCCCGAAACACGUCCCGCCGAAAUUCGGACCGCUACAUGUCAGGCAUCAAGAGAAGAACGUCAGCAUCAAGUUCAACUUCCACAGCCACCCGGUCCGGACCUUCAGCUGGGUCAACGUCACGGACAUCGUGGAUGAAGUGGACCUCAUCGACAGGUUACCAGGCGGAAGAGACACAGUACUGGUGCUGUCUAUCUGGUCGCACUUCGCGCAGACGUACCUGAGUAUGUACGCAGACCGCAUGCUGGCUGUACGGGCUGCAGUACUGCGGCUGCUCGCCAGGAGUCCCCGCACGCUGGUGGUGAUCAAGUCUGCCAACACCCGCUGGAACCCCGUCAUCACCACUAGUGACUGGUACGGAUAUCAGCUGGACCAGAUACAGAGGGAAGUGUUCCGGGACGUUCCCGUGGCCUGGUUGGACGCCUGGGACAUGACGUCAGCAGGGGACCAUCAGGACAACAUCCACCCCGCCAAGCCUGUGGUGCUGCAGGAGAUACAGAUGUUAAUGUCUUACAUCUGCCAGAUGCAGUGA